AUGAACAGGAACGAAAGACCACCUCUUACUUUUUCUUUGCUGUUUCAGUUUUUCCUAUUAGCAUUGCUCGGCAUCACUGCAAACCAAGGGUUUUACUUGUUGGGAUUAUAUUAUGCUUCUCCAACUUUUGCUUCUGCAAUGCAGAAUUCAGUUCCUGCAAUCACUUUUGUCAUGGCCUCAGCUCUAGGACUUGAGGAAGUCAACAUUGCAAGAAUAGAUGGAUUGGCAAAAAUUCUAGGAACCAUUGCAAAUGUUGGAGGUGCAACUGUGAACUGUGAUCACUCUAUACAAAGGCCCUCCUCUUCUCCACCUGCAGACACCUCAGAUGCAAGAAGAAAGCUACAUACAUCAGUCAUCAACCAAAGUUCAGAAUUGGACAUGGGGUUGCGUAUACUUGCUUGGACAUUGUUUGUCUUGGGCUGCUUGGAUGGUUUUUCAGGGAAUUGUAUCGUCUGGGGUGUCAUAUCUCUGCAAACAUGGUGUAUUCAAAGGGGUGGCCCUGUAUGUGUUGCUGUCUUUCAGCCAUUGCAAACCUUUUUAGUUGCUAUAAUGGCAGCCCUCAUUCUUGGUGAUCAGUUAUGCUCUGGAGGGUAUAUAGAACAAUUUAUUAACCCUGAAUAUAAGAUUUUCUUCAAUCAGUUGAAAAAUGGCAUAAUUCCGUAA